GAUUUUAACAGGAAGGCUGAUCUACUUGUUGGAGCGCUGUUUUAACGCUGUGACACGGACUUGUUAUGCAGUAGAUUUGUCUAGCACCAUGCGUUUAUUACCUGUUCCUUUUUUGUGACUGCUGAAAGAGUUGGCCUCGCGUUACAGCUAAUGAAAGCUAUCGACAAAUGCCUCGAAAAAAGAAGAGUGGCCAAAGCCCUGCUAGAGUCCCGAGUGGUCUGCAGCUAGAAAGGGGAACCAACCCGGGCUACCGACCUCCUCCAAUGGCGAGCCACUUUUUCCCCGCGUCCUCGCUCUCAAAAGAGGACAUCGUGAGAAACAUGCAGGAGAUGUUCUCGCAUUUGGACCCAGAGAUUAUAGAGAUUGUGUUGUCCGAGUGUGACUUUAAAGUUGAAAAUGCAAUGGAUGCUCUUUUGGAGUUAUCCGUCACAGCUGCUGAGCCACAGCCUGUUUCAGCCUCUGUGUCUGGGUUUGAGAGAACUGCUGCAGAACUACUCACGCCCCAGCACUUUGCCGAACCUCCAUCUCAAACAGACCAGACAACACAUGAGUCAUCCACAUCCCCAACCUGUUUUAUAACAGAAGAUUUGGACUAUUUAGUUGAUCAGGAAGUGCAGUCACUCAGUGCACAGGCAAACCUAAUAGACCAGCAGUCGCUCAGUCAAACUGUGAUUGUGACUGAAGAUCUGCAGUCUCACCUGGAACCUCUGUGCAGUGGGACUUCUACAGAGAAGUCACUUUCUCACCGAAGCGUGCAAAGUUCUGGUGCUUCAUCUCCUCUUGAUCAACUCAGUACAUUUGAUGACAUAUAUGUACGAGAGGAACAGGUCCCAACAGAAACUGCCCAGUACCAAAGCACACUGUCUGUUGAUCUCAUUACGUCUGGUCAUUCUUCUGCAUUUCACGUGUACACAAAACAAAACAACACAAAUCCUGAAGAAGUUAUGGUAUCUGAGGCCACAGGAACGAAGAUAGGCCCUUCUUAUGAGAACAUGGAUAGCUUUGCAUCCAUCAGCUGGAACAUUGAAGCACCAGCAUUUCAGCCCCACGUUCAUGAAAGCCAAGGUUCAGCCUUUAUCACUCCUGUGGCCCCUGAUUGGCUCAGAGGGCCAAGGCACCCCUUCUACUGGCACAGGCCGAACACCCAGACACCUCAGAGGGCACAUUCUUCUGCACCCAGACCUUGGGCUUUGCCCCCUCCACAAACCACAGGCCCACAGUCCAACAGGCUGCAUUUGGAAGGGAAGGUCCUUGUGUUGUUGCGUGGACCACCAGGCUCAGGCAAAUCAACUUUGGCAAGAGCUCUGUUGGAGCACAAUCCCAGUGGAGUCAUCCUCAGCACUGAUGACUAUUUUAUAGUUAAUGGAGAAUAUCGCUUUGACCCAACUGUCUUAGGAGAGGCUCACAGCUGGAAUCACAAUCGAGCCAGGCAAGCAUUUGAAAGAGGGGCUAAUCCUAUCAUUAUCGAUAAUACCAACAUGUGUGGAUGGGAAAUGAGACCCUACGUGGUUCAGGCAUUGAAACACAGUUAUAAGGUUUUGUUCAGAGAGCCAGACACUUGGUGGAAAAACAAACCACGAGAACUGGAAAGACGCACUAAGCAUGGUGUGCCAAUGGAGAGAAUACGACGUAUGCUCUGUGGAUACGAGCGCUUCGUCACAGUCAAGUCCAUUUUGGGCUCACAGAUGCCAGAGAGGAAACAGCCAGUGGCAACUGAAACUGGGGAAGCGUUGGCACUUGAAGUGCCUUGCCCUGACAUUGUAGGGGAAUCUGGUGAAGUAAAUGCCAAAUCUCGCACGGAAGCUGAUCCCUCUCUACCUGAUAUCUCUGUCGCCCAUGACAACAAGUACUUCAAAGACAAACGGGAAAAUGCUGAUUUGGGCAUGGGGGAGUUUGCCAAGAUAAUUCCUGACAGUAAUGUGGAGCAUAUUAUUAUCAGUGACAAUAGCCUUGAUGAGUUACCUGCUGCAUUCUCUGAGUCUAUUGGGCAAAGGAUGAAAAGGGAACGGUCUGAUAGAAAGUCUGGUGUAGACACUUCAGAACCUGCAGGUGAGUCAAAAGAUGGAUAUAAAUCUGCAAUGGACAUUCUGUCACAGCAGAGAGACAUCACAGUUGAAAAAAGUUUUGACUUUGAAGGAGACUGGCCCUCCACAGCUUCACUAGACCAGCGUCCAGAGAGGAGACAUGAGAGACUUCGCAACAAGGCCACAGAAAGAGCAGCAAAUCAAUUUUCUAAAACAACAGAUACACCAAAACCUGAUUUUACAGAGAUGCAAAAGCUUUUAGAUCUGAUUCAAACAGGAGCAGAUCCUGUUAAUACUGAUUCUUCAUCUUUAUCGCCCCUUUCUGCUAGCUCUGGAGAUAAUGAUGCCAGUCAAUCUGAAAUUAAAGAAAGGAGCACAGGAGAACUCCCAGACUGUGUUUUUGAUUCACAAGCUGCUGGACGCACUUUAGUUGGAAGAAAUGAGUUUAAUCUGGAACUUGGUGCUAGUCAGAAUACUGCAAAUUGUGAUGACGAUUCUGAGGGUCCUGAGUUUGAGAGUUUGGGUGAAUCCGAAAGCAGCCAAAUAAGUGAUGCAACAGGAAGCCAGGAGCGCAAGCAGCGUCAUAAUCGUCGCUCGGGGAAGUCAUGUAAACUAGCCCUGACAUUUACACAGAAUUGUCCUGAAGCAUCUGUGGAUUCUGUUGAAAGUUCUGCUGCAGAUCAAUCAAAUGAUGAGCCAAAUCUUGAUCUUAAAACUGACUGUGAGCUGUGUACGGAAACCAACAUAAUGGCAGACUAUGAAGCACCUCCAGGCUCUUCUACCCAAACCGAACCACAUGACUUUGCCCUACUGUGGCGUAUCAAUCAAAAUAGUCUUGAUACAUCCGUCACGUCCACCUGCAGUUUCCGAAUUUUAUGUAGCAGCCCCUCAGGUUAUGUACCUGUAAUGUUCUGCUCCACUGCUUCAAUUAAUCCAACUGACCAUAAUGAGAUCCCAUAUUCUGUAGUCCAUGAAAAAAGCACCCAAGUGGAGGAGAAGGAGUUUGGGACAAGUAAAGAUGUAACUGAAAAUCUGCUUAUUCUGAGGCGCCAUUUUAAACAGGUCGCAUUGGACAUGUUAGAAGACUUGUUUGAAAAAUGUCAGAGAGACAUUGAAUGGACAACCAAUUUGCUGCUAGACUCAGGAGAGAGGUUCUUUAGAGAUGAUGAGAAUGAAGAAGAGCUUCCCUCUUCUUCAUUAUCAUGCACAGAAAGUGAAGAUAGGCCAAGCUCUGAUGUGUUAAAUACCUGGCAGUAUGAGAUGAUGACUGACCCAAGACCAGAUGUGGUUGUGGAGGAGAUUCAAACAUUCACAGCAUCGGAAUCAUGCGAAAAUAUCGACUCUAACAAAUGUGACUCCACUGCAUCUUCUAGUAUUUUGGAUAAUAAUAUUUCUCAAGAAAAUGGCAACAAAUGCGAUCUUAUACCUCAGCAAAUAAAGGAAAAAUCAUCAUAUCUGAAUCAAAGCACUACACCUGGGGCGACAAUGCCAUGUGACUCGGGCAGUUUGGGAGAUGCAGAAAGAGUUGAAGGUUUAACAGAAGAAUCGGAGGAUGACAUCAGUAGUAUAAAUGAGGUCCAUAGACUUUUACAGGCUGAGCUUGAAGAACUUGAAAUAGAAGAAAAAGAGAGGGCGGAAGUAAAGGCCAAGAUGAAAGAUGUAAAACAAAAAAGGAAAGCACUCAUGGAUAUUCAGAGUGUGGAGUUAAAAUUACCCACUGAACUGGCUCUACAGCUGACUGAACUGUUUGGCCCUGUUGGAGUGGACCCAGAUACAGGCUGCCCGGAGGACUGUGUACUUCACAUGGAUCUGAAUCUGGCCAAACUUCUUCAUCAAAAAUGGAAAGAAAGUAUUCAAGAAAGGCAAAAACAAGCAGCUCUUUCUUUUCAAUUGCUUCAAGAAAGUUCUGUUCAUUGGAGUAAACCACAAAACUGGGCUGCGGCAGGAUCCAGUCCAGGUCGGCCCCAGAGGAGCAGAGACUGUUCUUCACAUCAGAACCAUCGUCCAGAUAGUGACAGUCACCUGCCCUUUAUGGAUCACUGGCAUGUGUCCCGACAACACGUGUCUCUCAGAGAUAUCAUUAAGGAGGAGAUGGCUUUACAAGAAAACAGACAGAAGGCGAGACGCAGUCAGACUGAUGUGGAUAAGCGUGACGGGGCCACUCUACUAAAAGAAGACCAGUUGUUUGCUCUCUUUCCCACUAUUGAUAGACAUUUCCUUCAGGACAUCUUCAAAGAUCACAAUUACUCUUUGACUCAGACAGAGUUGUUUCUUCGCUCUUUAUUGGGCGAGGGUCCUGCUAAGACAGUUGUUGCACCAGAAGCUCCGCGAAUCACCCCCAGAUCAGGCAGCAGAGACAGGGACAAGAAACCAGUGGAACCAGUCAUGCCCGGUUAUCAGGACACAGAGGACCCCGAGUAUGAGGACUUUAGAGCUGAGGCCAAUCUGCAGAGGAGAAGACAGCUCGAGAGUUUUGCCAAAGCAGCAGAGGCCUAUAAACAAGGGCACAAGGAAGUAGCAUCAUUUUACGCUCAGCAGGGUCACUUGCAUGGCCAAAGGAUGCGGGAGGCUAAUCACAGAGCAGCGGUCCAAAUCUUUGAGAGGGUGAACUCCUCCUUAUUGCCACAGAACAUCUUAGACCUUCAUGGGCUUCAUGUGGACGAAGCUUUGGAGCAUUUGACCGAAGUUUUAGCAAAGAAAACCACAGACUGUGAGCGUGGCCUUUGUCGCCCUCAACUCUCUGUCAUCACAGGAAGGGGGAACCACAGCCAAGGAGGCGUGGCCCGCAUCCGUCCCGCUGUUCUAGACUACCUCACCAACAAACACUACAGGUUUACGGAGCCCAAACCAGGCCUCGUGUUGGUCUCUUUGAAGUAAAAUGAACCUGGUUUCUUUGAAAUAUGCUACUUACACAUGGUCUAUGAGUUUAUUUCAAGUGCAAACUCUAUUUAAUUCUCUAAAAAACUGCAGCUAUUUUAGAGGUGGUUUUAUUGUUUUUCAUUAAGCAGAACAGCCGUUUCACUCAUGUCUUAUUAAUGCAAAUUGUAUUUUUUGAAAGGAAUUUGAGUCCCACUAUAAUUUGCAAUGCACCUUAAUGUGAACAACAACUACACUGUACUUAAUGAGGUAGGUACAGUGGGGGAAUAAUUUAUACACUUAAAUAAGGGACUGAUUGAGGCACUGCCAACAGUUUUUUAAAAGAUUUUAUGAUCUAUUUUUUUUACUUUAUAUUUGAUUUGGGGUAUUGAGUUUGCACUAUGAAACUACACUUCCAACAAUAAAGAUUUGUAAUAGAUUUUAACUAACUUUUAUUUAAAUUAUAUCAUCUUAUCCUGAGAGAACCAUUUUUGCCAUUUCCUGCCAGUUGGUCCUGAUUGUGGCAGGUCAUGUGGUUUGGUGUCAUACAAAUAUUCAACAAACACAAGCUGAGUUCUCAUUUUAAGGCCAGUUAAUAAGAAAUAUGGUUUUAUGUUUGUAAUAAUUAAAUUAUAUGAAGUUCUCAGGUUGAAACAUGCUAUAAAAAUAAAUGCUAUAAAAGUAAAUUACCAUUUUGACAGAUUUUGUAUUUUUGUACUAUUCAGUUCAUGGUUUUACCUACUAUAUUCAGAAUUUUUGUGCUUAAAUAAAUGUGUUUGUUUGCA